UUCGACAAUCUCUCUCUUUAACUACCAACACUUGCUGCUCCUGCUCCCGCUACUUCUCUGAGCUCCACCGCAGCAGAUCCCAUCCUCCGCCAUCCCGAUGGCGUCCCUCGCCCUCACCACCGCCGCCACCACCCCCACCUUCCCCUCCCUUAGAUCCCGCACUCCCUUCCCCAAAUCUUUAGUACUAAAGCCGUUUCCCGCCUCCCAAACUCGUCGAAACUCCCUCAAAAGCGACGCCCUCGGUUUCAACAAAACCCUCUCCCCCCUCAUUUCCUCCCCCAAGCUCUCCAAUUUAACCCGCGACUUCACUCCCUCCCGCCGCGGCUUCUCCGUCAAGGCCACUGUAGCCAGCGGCGGGUCCGCCAUCACUCCCGCCAAGGAACCAUGGCAGGGCGCGGCGAUGACGCCUCUAAUCGCGUCCAUUGCGACUGGACUUAUUCUCUGGUUCGUUCCCACUCCUGCCGGAGUCACUAAAAACGCGUGGCAGCUCCUCUCCAUUUUCCUCGCUACCAUCGUCGGUAUCAUUACUCAGCCCCUGCCUCUCGGAGCCGUCGCCUUGCUCGGCCUCGGUGCCUCUGUCCUCACGAAAACGCUGACUUUCGCCGCCGCUUUCUCCGCCUUCGGAGAUCCAAUCCCCUGGCUCAUCGCCCUCGCCUUCUUCUUCGCCCGAGGCUUCAUCAAGACUGGACUCGGAAAUCGAAUUGCGUACCAGUUCGUUUCCCUCUUCGGUAGCUCCUCUCUAGGGUUAGGGUACAGUCUGGUCUUCAGCGAGGCCUUGUUGGCACCGGCGAUCCCCUCUGUCUCGGCCAGAGCUGGUGGAAUUUUCUUGCCGUUGGUGAAGUCCCUCUGCGUCGCCUGCGGCAGCAAUGUUGGCGACGGGACCGAGGGUAAGUUGGGGUCGUGGUUGAUGCUCACGUGCUUCCAGACUUCGGUGGUUUCAUCGGCAAUGUUCUUGACGGCCAUGGCUGCUAACCCCUUGAGCGCCAACUUGACAUUAAACACGAUUAAGCAGACGAUUGGGUGGACGGAUUGGGCCAAGGCGGCGAUUGUCCCCGGUUUGGUGUCGUUGAUUGUGGUGCCGUUGUUGUUGUACAUUAUAUACCCGCCGGAGGUGAAGAGCAGCCCGGAUGCGCCAAAGCUUGCCAGGGAAAGGCUGGAGAAGAUGGGGCCGAUGUCUAACAAAGAGAUUAUCAUGGCCGGCACACUGUUUCUUACGGUUGGGCUUUGGAUUUUUGGAGGAGUUUUGAGUGUGGAUGCUGUUACUGCUGCUAUUCUUGGAUUAUCUGUUCUCCUCGUGACUGGUGUUAUUACAUGGAAGGAGUGCUUAGCUGAAUCAGUGGCCUGGGAUACACUUACUUGGUUUGCUGCACUCAUUGCAAUGGCUGGGUAUCUCAACAAAUACGGUCUUAUUUCUUGGUUUAGCCAGACCGUAGUUAAGUUUGUUGGCGGAUUGGGUCUUUCAUGGCAAGCAUCUUUUGGCAUUCUGGUUCUUCUAUAUUUCUAUUCUCACUACUUCUUCGCCAGUGGAGCUGCUCAUAUCGGUGCCAUGUUUACAGCUUUCUUGUCUGUUUCUACCGCUCUUGGUACUCCUCCAUACUUUGGAGCGAUGGUGCUUGCAUUCCUCUCCAACCUCAUGGGUGGUCUUACCCAUUACGGCAUUGGGUCGGCACCUGUUUUUUAUGGUGCUAACUACGUUCCACUUGCCAAGUGGUGGGGUUACGGAUUCCUUAUAUCCGUCGUCAACAUCAUUAUUUGGCUUGGAGUUGGAGGGAUUUGGUGGAAGUUCAUCGGCUUGUGGUAAAAGGUGUUGGCCAUGAAAAUCCACAUCGUUUCAGAUGUUUGUUCAGUCAGAUGCAGUUGUUUCACUUAUGUCCGGGGCACUCUGUGAUCUUUCCCUUGAAUUCUUUCACAUGGAAAUAAUCUUUCGUCAUUUCAAAUUUGAGGGAGAUCUGUUGGUGAAAAAUCGGUAUACAUAGGAGGUUGAUUUUAGAGCAGAAAUUAGAAAAUGGAGCCCCAAAUUUUGAUGUAGCAUGACACUUCAGUUGAUGAAUCGUCAUUUGUUGAUGCUUGAAUGAACCCUCUAUUUUCUCAGUGGUAUAUUAAUAACGAAAGUGUCGUACCUUCACCGUA